GCUGAAUAUACAGCAAUGGAGUUUAUGCAACUUCUUCUCUUUUUGCUCCCGGUUUGGGCCUGCCUUAUUGAAGUGGAUGGAAAAGAGAGCUUCGCUUCCGUUGUGUUUGAUUCUGAUGGCCAACUGGUGAUAAACGCGGGAUAUGACUCGUCCCAGCCGAUGGUGGCUUGGGGUAAAUUUCGUGACGAAAUCAAUUCCACCGGAUGGUCUUUCCUGGAGGUACAUUCAAAUGCUUCAUUACCAGACAAGACACAAGCAAUGGCAGCAGGGAUGGCAGAGGGAGUGCUCACUGCAAAACUCAUGUACAAAAGCUAUCAAAAUACCCUGGCUGGCUACUGCGAUGCUGACCCUGACUUCUGCACAAAACUGGGUAAAUUCCUUGGUGAAAAUCUAAAGUGGAUGAUGGAGCAAAUCACUAGCAACCCUAAAGAUGAAUAUUGGUACCAGAUAAACCUGAUCCUUGAGCAGUUCAAAGGAAUUAUACAAGGUUAUCUCCACGAUACAUCUAUUCCUCCUAUUGAUGAUUUUGGAUUCCUUCUGAUGCAAGCUGACUGUGACUUGGAAGAUCUGGAGCAGGUUUUAGGAAAGAAGGAAGUCCGCCGUGUGUUUGGCUCAGGUUCCUGUUCUGCACUGAUUAAAGUUUUGCCAGGCAACAAAGACCUGUACAUUUCUCAUGUCACUUGGACAUCUUAUGCAGAGUUGCUGAGAGUUUUUAAACUGUAUGAUAUUGGAGUGACUGUGAGAGGAAGUGCAGAUGAAAUUAUUCCUGGAAGAAAGCAGAGUUUCUCUUCUUACCCUGGCACUAUGGCAAGUUUGGAUGACUUUUACAUGUUAAGCAGUGGAAUGGUGUCUCAAGAAACCACUAUUGGAAAUAGUAACCCUGACCUGUGGAAGUAUGUAGUAGAGAGAGGAAUCGUUUUAGAGUGGAUACGCUCUAUCGUAGCUAAUCGAUUGGCACGCACCACAGUAGAAUGGGGUUAUUACUUUUCACAGCACAACAGUGGAACCUACAAUAACGAGUGGAUGGUCCUUGAUUACAAGCAGUUCACUCCAGGCGAGCCCAUCUACCCAGGGACCCUUUUGAUCCUGGAGCAGAUACCUGGCAUCAUAGAAGUAGCAGAUAUGUCUGUUUACCUGCAGGAGAACACUUACUGGGCAAGCUACAACUUACCGUAUUUUCCAUACAUUUUCAACAUAAGCGGUGCCAGGGCAAGGUACGAGAAGUUUGGCUCGUGGUUCAGUUAUGAAGGUGCGCCUCGAGCACAGAUGUUCAAGCGAGACCAUGGCAAGGUCGUUGACAUGGAAAGCAUGAUGAGACUGAUGAGGUACAAUGAUUAUCAACAUGACCCAUUGUCACGUUGUAACUGCACCCCACCCUACAGUGGAGAGAAUGCUAUCUCGGCUCGGUCGGACUUGAACCCAGCGGAUGGGAAGUAUCCGUUUGGAGCACUGGGGCACAGAGAAGAGGGUGGAAUUGACGCCAAGGUAACCAAUUCAGAGUUGAUCAAGGAAUUACAGUGUAUGGCGGUCAGCGGGCCAACACAUGACCAGCAGCCGGUAUUUAAGUGGAGCACAUCAGGUUGGAAAAGGCCCAUGGGACAUCCUGACGCCUGGGACUUUGAACCAGUCAAAGUCACGUGGGAGUGAGGCUAUGUCACUCGCUCUGUAAACCUUUCUUUUAUUCUCAUUACUAAGAGUUGCCGUUUAUUAAAAAAAUAAUAAUUCGUAACGAAAGAAAGAAAAAAAAGUUCGAAACGUCGUGU